GGUAGCAGUUGUGGUAAUUUAAUUCUUCUUGAUUUUCUCUGUACUUCUUCCGUCCCACACUGUCGCCCCCCAAAUCGAAAUUUAACACAAUCAUGUCGAUCAAUCAUAAAAUUACGAAGUGCUAGAAAAGCCUUUGGCAUUGGUUGGCUUUUAACCUAUUUUUCGCAACUCAAGUAGUAGUAAAUUUUUAGUAUAAAUGCCAGGCUAGCCCAUAGAGCAUCCCAUUGGUUAGGAUCUCCCAAGUCAUUGGCAACCUACAAACUGUUAAAGAUGAACGGUUGCUCCUCUAAUUCAUCAAAUGGCCCAACCAACAAAAGAUUAGAAGGCAAAGUUGCCAUUAUCACUGGUGGUGCAAGCGGCUUCGGUGAAAGCACCGUGCGACUUUUCGUACAGCACGGGGCAAGAGUAAUCAUUGCUGACGUUCAGGAUGACUUGGGACACUCCCUCUGUGAAGAACUCAGUUCUUCUGGAGAUGUUACCUUCGUCCAUUGUGAUGUUACUAAAGACAUUGACGUUAAAAAUCUGGUUGAUCUCGCCAUGUCCCAGUAUGGCAAGCUGGAUAUAAUGUACAACAAUGCCGGGAUCCCCGGAAACUUAGAUUUCACCAUUGUAGAUGCAGAUAAUGAAAACUUCAAAAGGGUUUUCGACGUGAACGUUUACGGUGCAUUCUUGGGAGCCAAAUAUGCUGCAAAGGUUAUGAUCCCAGCUAAGAAGGGGGUGAUCCUCUUUACUUCCAGUCUUGCUUCGGUUUCUUGCGGGGAGUCACCUCAUUCUUACACCGUGUCGAAGCACGCAGUCGUGGGGCUUACGAAGAACCUGUGCGUGGAGCUAGGGCAAUACGGCAUCAGAGUUAAUUGCAUAUCUCCUUGCGCCGUGGCCACUCCAUUGCUGAGAAAUGCGAUGGGGUUGGACCAGAAAGCUGUGGAAGGGAUCAUUUGUGCGUCGGCCAACUUGAAAGGCGUGGUGCCCACCGCUGAGGACGUUGCCGAGGCAGCGUUGUACCUAUCUAGCGAUGCGGCCAAGUUUGUAAGUGGAUUGAACCUGGUCGUGGAUGGAGGUUAUAGCGCCACCAAUCAAUCGUACAUGACGAUUAUAAAAAGUUUGAUGCCUUGAGGUGUAUUUGUGGUCGCCUUUCAUCCUUUGUUAGCCAAUAGUAUGGCAGUUUAGUCCUCUUAGUUACAUACUAUUUAUUGGUCCUAAAUGAAACUAUUAAUUAGUACUUGUAUUUGUUUUUCAGUUCUUGAAGAAGUCCAGAUCUCUGUAAUCUGCAUUUUCGAGAUGGUUAAUUCCCUUUUCUUUUUCGAAGAGCGUUAUGUUGUAAUCUAGUCCCAACUAUCAUUAAACAUAAGUCACUUGGAUUAAUUAAACUUACUAAAUCAGUCAGUCUUACGCGCGCUUA